CGGACCGCGCACAAAGAUACUGUAGUAAUACUAAACUUACAUAAUUUUGAGGAUUGCAAGGCUUUGUGUGUUGAUGCUUAGAGUUUCCUGCUUGUGUUUGCACAAUUUGAUUGCAUAAAAUGGCUCAUAGGUUGGUUACUAAGCAUGUUUCCUUUGAUGACUGGAUGGUUUAUGAUUCUUCAGUAAUGGACAAUAACAGACCAACCAUGACGUACAGUGAUGGAACAACUGCCAAGAGGUUUCGAAGAGACCCAGCACAUAGGGUGUUUGUCAACCGGAGUCUUGGACUUGAGAAGAUUAAGUACUUUGGUUUUGAUAUGGAUUACACAUUGGCAGUGUAUAAAUCACCACAAUAUGAAGCAUUGGGGUUUAAUCUGGUCAUACAGAGGUUAUUAUCUAUUGGAUAUCCACAGGAAUUGCUGAACUUCCAGUAUGAUCCAUCAUUUCCUAUCAGAGGUUUGUUGUUUGAUAAAGAGUUUGGUAAUUUACUUAAGGUUGAUGCUUAUGGUAACAUAUUGGUUUGUGUUCAUGGUUUUAAAUUUUUAACUGGAGCUGAUAUUCAGGAAUGUUACCCAAAUAAAUUUAUUCAAGUUUCCAAGGAGACAGAAAACAGAAUUUACAUACUCAAUACUUUAUUCAAUUUGCCAGAAACCUACUUGUUAGCUUGUUUAGUUGAUUUCUUUUCCACCUCUGAGCAAUACGUGCCAAAUAAAUGUGGUGUCUCUCAUGGUGAUCUAUUCAUGACAUGGAAAGGCAUACAUCAAGAUGUUCGAGCAGCAGUAGAUUGGGUUCAUGACAAGGGCACCCUAAAGCAAGAUACACUGAAUAACAUUGAACACUAUGUUAUAAAAGAUGCCAGACUACCAAUGUUAAUGCACAGGUUAAAAGAAACAGGAAGAAAAGUAUUCCUAAUAACAAAUAGUGAUUAUAGUUAUACACAAGCAAUAAUGACAUAUUUAUUUGAUUAUCCACAUGGACCGACACCUGACAGUGCUCAUCGGCCGUGGUGGAGUUACUUUGAUGCUGCAAUAGUUGAUGCUAGAAAACCAUUAUUCUUUGGUGAAGGGACUAUUCUAAGACAAGUAGACACACGAACGGGUGCAUUGCGGAUUGGUACACAUGUUGGCCCAUUACAAGAAGGGCAGAUAUACUCUGGUGGCUCCUGUGAUGGGUUCUGUCAGCUGAUGGGUGCUACAGGGCGUGAUGUUCUUUACAUUGGAGAUCACAUCUUUGGAGAUAUUUUAAAGUCAAAAAAGGAAAGAGGAUGGAGGACUUUUCUCAUUAUACCUGAGUUAUCUCAGGAACUAAAUGUCUGGACUGGGAAAAGAGAUCUGUUUGCCACUGUUGAAGCGCUUGAUGAUCAACUUGUAGAUUUGUACAAGAACUUAGAUUUUCACUCAGAUGCAAGGCCUGAUAUUAGCCUUAUUAAAAAGCAUAUACAGAAAGCAGUUCAUGAGAUGGACAUGGCACAUGGGAUGCUUGGUAGUCUAUUUAGAAGUGGUUCAAGGCAAACAUUUUUCGCUAGUCAGGUGACAAGAUAUGCUGACUUGUAUGCAUCGACUUUCCUCAAUCUCCUUCAUUAUCCAUUAAGUUACUUUUACAGAGCUGCACCCAUGCUGAUGCCACACGAGUCAACUGUUGACCACUCAGAUGAAUUCCAUGAUGAUUCUCCAAGUCCGCUGGUCUCCAGGGCACGUUUUAACAGCUUUGAUCCAAACAUAACGACAGAGAAACGACCACCCGUAUUGCGUUCAAAUACAAUUGGAGCUACAAACACAAGAGCGAAAACACCAAUAAAUAUUACUCAUGUUCAUGAUGAUGAUGAUGAUGAGGAAUGA